UCAAAACCUAACCUACCUUUUUAUUUUAAUAUUUUUAAAAUUUUAUUAUUAUUUGGGUUUAAAAAUGAUGUGGAAACCUUUUAGGAGUAAUGAUGGAAAUAAUUUCAUGGUAAAAUGGAACAAAAACGAUCAAGAAUUCACAUUUUUUGUUACAAACUUGAAACAAAUUUGGACAUCAGUCUGUUCCAUUGAAAGUAUUGUGGUAAAAUAUCAACAAUUAAAUCCCCUUUUCGAUUUGAAAUUAGAAGAAGCUGUGACACAAGUAUUGAACAUUUUUGAAGAUAUAAAUCAGGCAGAGGUCAAAGUAACAAUUGAUGGUUCAACACUGAUUCUGAAAAUUGAGAUGAACUUAACAGGUUCUGAAGCCUCUAAUAUCAAGACCAAUUUUGAAAUUGAAUUUGUGAAGGCUGAAACUGAAAAGUUCACUGAAAUGAUAACCAUUGCUAUGAUACAGACCAUCAAUUUUCUAGAAACUCAACAGAAAAUGCUGUGCAAUUUGUUGGAGAAGAAAGAUAGGGAGAUAGAGGAAUAUCAGAUGGAAAAAGGACUCAUAUCUAGAAGUGAUCUUGUCACUGGAAAAUUUGAUCCCCAUUCUUUAAUUUCAUCCAGUCAGAAACUGAUUUUAAAUGUUUUUGGGAAUUCCAAAAGUUUUAUGGAUAGCAUUGAUAAUGAAUAUGGGGAGGCCCAAGAAAAUGUUUUCCAAGUUGAGGUUGAAUCUUGGAAUAAUGUGAAGAAGAAGAGGAAAUAUUAUGAUUCAAAAACAGCUUUGAAUAGCAAAUGCACCAAAAUUGUUUACAAGAACAACAAUUCAUAGCUCC